AUGCGCCCGGCAACUUUUAAGCUGUCUCAUCUGAUCAGCACGUGCUGUCCGAUGAACCUUCCCGGCUGCUGGAAACAAUUUGGACAUGGCGGAACGAUCUCCUCAAGGGUCUCAGGAAUUGAAUUGGCGGGAACCGUUGCCAAAUCCUGCAUUCACGAGAUUCGGUAUUAG